CGCCUAAUUAAGAAGUUGGCUUCUUCGGAUGUGUUACGGCAAUGAUACAGUCUUUCCAGGCGUCGAUAGCAACUCGUGGACAUAUUAAAAGCAUGUUAAACAACAACGGUCUUGUAAUACCUUAUAUCUAAUACUUAGCACAUAUCUUCUAAGUUUUUCUAAGUCUUCUGCUCUCGGACAUUACUGUUAAAUUUGAGUUUUUAAAUCACAAGACCUUGAACCCAAUCUUCCCACUUAGUAUAAUUCAUGGGCAUUAUACAGUUAACCCAAAGUCGAGCAAUCCUAUCGUUGGUUAUCUUUACUAUACUUAUCCUCUCGUUCCAGAGCGCCGGUAAUCUCAACAAUUCCGAUCCAGUCGUUGCCAAGAUGGCAGAUGCGAACAACGUCAUUUCGAAGCUGAAAGUGUCAGUCCGCCAAGUCAGCAGCAGCACGUCUUCAUCGUCCUCGUCGUCUCCGCCAAAGCUAGCCAUCGCGGUCACCAAUACCUACUCUAGCCCCGUGACGAUCCUGUCCUGGAACUCCCCGCUGGAUCCGUUAGCGUUGCAGUUAGGCCUCGUAUCCUUUUCUGCUGCUGCGCAGGCCGGUAGCGACGACGACGAUUACACCCCCAUUCAGAUCCCGACGAUCCAGAUCAGGCGUAAAAUGCCGCCGGAGACGGACGCGCUGGUCACGAUCGGAGCGGGCCAGACUAAGGAGCAGGUGCUGGAGCUCAGGGAUCCUAUCGUGCCACUGGACAAGCUACGUGGCAGGGUGAGGGUCGCUUGUGCAGGAGAGUGGAUGAGUGUCUGGCUGUUAGAGGUUGACGCCGUCCCUAAGGCUUCCCUGGAGAAAGCUGGCGCCAGUGACGACGCAUAUCGGGGGCCUUUCCAAAGUGAGGCAGUCGACAUGGAGUUGUGAAUGAGCCUAUGUUAGCUUAGCUUUGGAAAGAAUCUUUUUUUUUUUUUUUGGUAUGGGUUGUAUGUAGACACCCGAAUGUUAUGAGACAGCCCGUUCAUCCUCUACAAAAAAAGUAUAAAACCUUCUUAACCAACUAGUUAGAUAAAAGAUAAAAGUUUGCGAUAUCAAACAGACAAAUUAAGUGUGACCAUGCUCAUUCCUAUAAUUGAACUCUCAAAUGAACCGGGCAAAGUUAUAAGAGGAUUUAUGUAGAGCUGUAAGGUGAUAUGAUUUCAGGUAUCAUUUUU